AUGCUCUCUGAGUUUCUUAUCAGCCCUGUUGCCCUACUUCUGUGCUCUUGUAUCAUCUAUUCUCUGGUUUCGUUCAUCAAGCAUUGCCGUCGUCUCCCUAACAUUCCCGUCAUCGGGGCGCGCAAGAACGACUUGUUCCCCAUCUUUCAAGCGAAAUGGCGCAACACGUUGAACUUCAAGGCUGCCAUGGAACAGGCCUACACGCAGUAUCGCGACAGCGCCGUCAUUCUCCCUGUCGUUAGCGGAGGUGACAGCGUCAUGCUGCCGUAUUCUGAGAUAGACUUCAAGGAGCGCGCCGCCCAGAUCUAUCAGACUGAUCACACGUUCAUGAACCCGAGGAUAAAUAGAGCGGCGCGGUAUGAUACAAUUAUCCGAACGACUAUGACGCCUCAGGUUGGUAUUCUGAUACCUGCUCUAUCAGAUGAGGUAAAUUGGGCUUUUGAUGAGUACUGGGGUAUCAACACGUCCAAGUGGAAGGAGGUAUGCGUCUUCGAAACGGUGCGCCAUAUCGUCGGUAGUGUCGCGAAUCGCGCUGUUGUUGGUGCUCCAUAUUGUCGGGACCCUGGGUUAGUGAAUAAUGGCAUGGCUUUUGCUAUAGAUGUGCCCUUCAGCGCCUCGAUUCUAAAUCUUUUCUGGGAGCCAUUACGGCCCUUCAUCGCCCCUUUCGUCACCAUCCCGAACCGUAUCCAUACGCGACGGUUCCGGAAGAUCGUCUUAGCAGAGAUUGAAAAACGAUUGCGCGACUACGAUGCACGUCGAGCAAAUCCUGAGGAUAAAUCGAUUGGUCCGGAGCCUAAUGAUUUCCUCCAGUGGGCAAUCCAGCAGGCAAAGGCAUUUGGUGACCCAUACAUGUGGCGGAGCGAGACAUUGGCAGAUCGUCUGCUGAUCCUCAACUUUGCAGCCCUACAUACAUCGUCUCUCUUCGCGACAUGGGCUAUGUUCGACCUCGCAGCGUGUGAACCCAAGGUCCUCGACGAGCUGCGCGAAGAGAUCACAUCAGUACUUGCCGCACAUGGCGGGCAGUGGAACAAGCGGGCGGUUGCUGAGCUCGAGAAGCUGGACUCUGCCAUGCGCGAGAGUGCGCGGUUGAACUCAGUCCUCGCCGUGGGUCUCAGACGUGUUGUACUCGCUGAGAACGGGCUGACUACGCCGUCUGGCGUGCAUCUUCCCAAAGGCACGCACAUCUCUGUACCAGUCUACCCCGUCAUGCGGGACGACAGCAUAUACGCUGACGCUAAUACAUUUAUGCCUUUUCGGUUUUCCGAACUGCGCAGUAAACAACAUCAACAGCAACGAAGUGAAGGAGAAGAAAAAGAACAAGAGAGUAAUAAUAUAAACAUGAAGCGCAUCCCCAAUAAUUUCACAGCCACCAGUCCUGACUUUCUCGUCUUUGGCCACGGGAAGCACGCCUGUACAGGCAGACACUUUGCCGCUACCAUGCUGAAACUCAUUCUUGCUGAUGCUAUUUUGAAAUAUGAUUUUGAAAGACAGACUGCAAAGGUAGAGGGGCCGUGGUAUGGCGAUUUCCGCCUCCCGCCGAUGAAGGCUUGCAUUAAGAUCAGGAGGAGAGAGACACCAGCGUAGAGUAGGCUGGAUGGGCUCGUUCGACUUUGAGAUAAAGUCGUAUGGCCUACGUAGCUUGCUCUUGAAUAAUUCACACUAACUAGAGUCAUUCGGUACAUAACUUCCUUCAGUUUCCUAUUUAAUAUUCUCCUGUUUCUAAGAAGGGAAUCUUGAAUGACAAAUUUGGCCAUAGGGUAUGAUAGUUGGUGUCGAAAAGUAAAACUUGGCGUGCUGAAAUAGGUAAUUUUGCGCUCCUAUCAUGAAAGAUCGAUUUGCAAUAUGUUAAGACGGUGCAAGUAAAUUUGCUUUUGAUGUGGUAAUACUGCUGCGGAGAAGAUUCGGGUGCUUUCGCAUCGCCCGCGAAGAGGGGCCUCUUAAUGUUACACUCUCAACCGGGGCGUCGAAAACGGUUGAUCCCUGGCAACUGAACAAGGGGAUCAGCCAGCUAUCCACACGGCGAAACGGAUGACUGUCGGGGUUGCACAUCGAAUGCGAGGUUGUGUAAUGUGCAAAAUCUGAAGGGGCUAAGCAGUGCAUGUUUUGUGUCUGCAAGGCGUCACUGGCGAACCCUGGGUGCAUCAUGGUCGAUGCCAGUUGGGUGAACCGUCAAAAGAAGAAGAUGAUACAGGGAUAUUUCGCUUGCUACUGUACUUCGGUGAGCAUCUUCAUUAUUGUCCUCUUGGCAAAGUCCGCCAGUUUAUGUGGCGUAUGUUCGUAUUCCUCUUUCGCUGGAGGUUCUCUUAGUACCGUUGAAUGGUGCUUCCCAGCAAAAGUCAUGUCCUUGAAAGCCAAAUACAUUACAGUCCCGCAAAUUGUAAACAAUUCUCCGCCCUACAGAUUAAUCCAAGAAAGACCACCAGCCAGUGG